AUGCAUUCGGUCGCGUCGAAAAUACUUAUUGCUGCCGGCCUCCUCGCAAGCUAUGUUGCUGCCGACAGCCCUUUUCUGAUCACGUCGGGGUUCGCCUCCGUCCAAACGCUCGGCGUCGGACCCGACGGUGCUACAACAUACAUCUUUUAUCAAAGUACGACUGGCCCGACGCAAGAUGAUCCCGGCCCCGACGGACCUAUGACUGUUGCUAUCGGCGCGUCUACUAUGAGGGGGUCAUACGUUGACCCCACCGACAGCAUCGUUGUGAUCGAGAACUGCGGCAUCACCAAUGGCGUUGGCGUCUGCGCCGAAAUUAUCGAAAACGGAGUCCCGGGAUCGGUAACCUUUACUACCACUGAAUAUGAAACCCAGACGUUUUCGACCACUGCGGUCCAGGGCGGUGCUCCCACGGCCGUGACUACUACCUCCACCAGUGUGUCAACCGGCGUCAGCACAACCUCUACGGCUUCGUCUUCUGCUUCUACGACCACCACGACCCAGAACAAGACCAGCGAUGGUGUGAAAACCACGUUCACCUCUUUCUCUCUGAUGAUGUGGGGUUCUGCAGUCACUAUUCUCAUGGUCUUGUGA